AUGGAUGAUGUUGAGAUCUGUUUGUUCAAUUGGAAGAGCAGAUUACUCUUUACAUCAGUAGAAAUGGACAGCAGCAGUUUCAUUCAGUUUGAUGUGCCUGAGUACAGCAACACUGUUCUGAGCCAGUUAAACGAGCUCCGCUUGCAAGGAAAGCUAUGUGACAUAAUUGUGCACAUUCAGGGUCAGCCCUUUCGAGCCCACAAAGCUGUCUUAGCUGCCAGCUCUCCGUAUUUCCGUGACCAUUCAGCAUUAAGCACCAUGAGUGGCUUAUCAAUAUCAGUUAUUAAAAAUCCCAAUGUUUUUGAACAGUUGCUUUCUUUUUGUUACACUGGAAGGAUGUCCUUGCAGCUGAAGGACGUUGUCAGUUUUCUCACUGCAGCCAGCUUUCUACAGAUGCAGUGUGUCAUUGAUAAAUGCACACAGAUACUGGAGAGUAUUCACUCAAAGAUCAGUGUGGGUGAUGUUGACUCUGUCACUGUUGGUGCUGAAGAAAAUUCAGAAAAUCGCAAUGGAGUCAAAGACAACAGCUACUUUGCCAACCCCAUUGAGAUAUCUCCCCCCUAUUGCUCUCAGGUGCGACAGGCUGCAGCCGGCAGUGACCUUCGGAUGGAAACUGCUUCCGGGAAAACUCUGCGUAGUCGUCUGCAAGAAGAAGGGCAUUCAGAUCGAGGAAGCAGUGGGAGUGUCUCUGAGUAUGAGAUUCAGAUUGAAGGUGAUCAUGAGCAAGGAGACCUGAUAGUAAGGGAAAGUCAGAUUGCAGAGGUGAAAGUUAAAAUGGAAAAGUCUGACAGGCCAAGCUGCUCUGAUAGCUCUUCCCUGGGUGAUGACGGAUAUCAUACUGAAAUGGUGGAUGGAGAGCAGGUAGUGGCAGUAAAUGUUGGUUCCUAUGGGUCUGUCUUACAACAUGUUUAUUCAUUUACCCAUGCCUCGUCACAGGCUACAGGUGUGUCCGAAGCCUUCGGAAGCCUGAGCAAUACAAGCCCUUCAGGGUCAAUGCUGAGCUGUUUCCGAGGAGGCCGUGCACGCCAAAAACGGGUAUCCACUGGUCACUUGCAUAGUGAUCUUCAGGGCUUGGUGCAAGGGGCUGACAGUGAACCUACGGUGAGUAACCCCAGAUAUGAAAAUAGUCCACGGGAAAGAAAUCCAAGAGGUCACUGGUAUCCAUACAGUGAGAGGCUAAUUUGUAUUUACUGUGGGAAGUCUUUCAACCAGAAAGGGAGCCUUGACCGACACAUGCGAUUGCACAUGGGAAUAACUCCUUUUGUGUGCAAAUUUUGUGGGAAGAAGUAUACCCGCAAGGACCAGCUCGAGUAUCAUAUUCGUGGUCACACAGAUGACAAACCCUUUCGCUGUGAGAUCUGUGGCAAAUGUUUUCCUUUCCAGGGUACACUAAACCAGCAUUUGCGAAAAAAUCACCCUGGGGUAACAGAAGUAAGAAACAGAGUUGAGUCCCCAGACAGAACAGAAGCAUUUGUGGAUCAGAAGGUAGAUAAUGAUGCUUCAGCUUCUGAAGCUAUGGAUUCGAGUCUGGAAAUUCAUGCAAUGGCUAACACAUCUGAUUAAAAUAUUACCUUCUAAGUGCAACACAAACAAGCACAUUACUAAUGUAUUUUUUGAAUCUUAUUAUUUUAGUAAUCUUCAGUGUGAGUAUAACAGCCUUUUAAUUUUCCUGACUUUUAAGCAAUCAGUUUUAAACUGUUUCCAGAGAGGGCUCCAUAAUUAUUAUUUGUUUUUGAAGGAGGCU